UGAUUUUUGGGAACGUCCUAUCUUUGAUGCUUCAGCCUCUCUCUAACAUUAAUCAAAUAGUCAAGAAUUGUCAGAGGAAGAAAAACCACAACAAAACAGACUCCAAAGCCCAGAUGGAGUUCAGUAGCAGAGCGCGGCAGCGGCACCUGAGGCUGACGGGGGACAGGCGGGAGCCGUACCCCCACAGCCUGCAGUUCUACCAGGAACCCCCCACCGAGAACAUCUCGCUGGUCGAGUUCGAGAGCUUUGCCGUGGACCGCCUGAGGCUGCUCAAGGUAGUUGAAAACCUUGGUGUGAGCUAUGUAAAAAGUGGUGAUGCAUACAAAACUAAGCUGGAGGCUGAGCUCCGGAAACUUAAGUUUCCCUACAGAGCUUUGGCUGAGGAUGAUUAUGAUGCAAGAAGAAAGGACCAUAUUUCUCAUUUCAUAUUGCGCCUUGCUUACUGUCAGUCUGAGGAACUCAGACGUUGGUUUCUUCAACAAGAAAUGGAUCUGUUUCGGUAUCGCUUCCACGAACUGACUGAGGGCCUGAGGCAGAAAUUCUUGGAUCAUGUUAACUUAUCAUUUGAAGCUAUUAGUGAAGACCUGAAAAAUGAAUUGGCAAAUGAGCUGUAUAUGUCAACUCCUGGCCUCACUAUGGCUAAAGUAAAAGAGCAAAUGUUCUAUAAGGUUGGACUAUCAGAUGCUGUUGAUCUGUUUAGAGCAAGGAGAGUGUUUAUUAAAGACGGAUUUGCAUUUGUGCCACUUAAGGACAUUGAUGCUAUUGUUUUGAAUAACUAUAGAAAAAGCUUAUCUAAAGCACUGGCGGAAGAAUGGGAAACUGCCAGUAGCUUAAAGUGAAAUAAAUUGAACAACUGACUGUCAUAUUGGACGACAUGAGGUUAAUGCAGUACAGAGCCUUUCCACAGGUUGGAGCACUUGUCCUUUAAGCAGCAAGCGAAAGAAAAACGUUGAAGUGUGCAGAAGUCUUAUCAUAAGUGCCUGCACCAAGACUUAUUUAAAAGAAGUUCUUCUGUAAGACUUCUAAAAUAAACACUAAUAGGGAGCUUUUAAGAAAAAAUGGUGGUGAUAUACUUUUCAAACUUGUCAAAUAGUUCAUUUUGACUUUUAGAGGUAGACGAAAUGAAUAAUUUUUUUCUUAGAAAUAUCGGUCACUGUCAGUGUUGCUACAGCUGGGUGGUUCCAUUUGUGUGGCUUUUCCUGGAAAUUUUCACAGAGGAGUUUCAUCUCUUAAUGUAGUUCUUCUGCAAAUAAUUGCUGCAUGUGUGUUCUAGAGAGGAAAUGGAACUUUGUGGAAUAUCUCUUUAAAGAAGAUUAUUUGUCAGAAUAAUUUUUGCUGGUAAUAGGAAGAUAAGAAAUGUUGUAGAGACAGUGAAAUUGAACAGAAUUAUAGUAUUAAAGUGGCCAAGCUUGCUGCAGCUGCUUCAAAAAAAAUACAGUGAUAAAUUUAGUCAGAGUUGAUGCCACAGUAAACAUUUUAAAAAUUGAGAGAGCUGUAUAAAAACAUCCCCGGGUCUUAUAAGCAACCUGUGCUGGCAGUCAUGGAAAUCAUUGAGCGCUGCCUUCCUGUUUUGUGUCCAUCUCUUCUGUCUGCUGAUGCCUCACUAGCGUAAGGGAAGAGGCCAAACAAACAAAAAGCUCUCAUAUGCACGUUCUGCAGUGAAAAUGGGUUUUGAAAGGUGACAAAGGAUUAUUAGUAUCAGGAGAGUCUCUAGAUAUAAGUGAAAAAUGUGCUUUGUAGGUUUUGAAAGGGCACUGCAUUAGCUACUCGUUGUCUGAGUUAUGGAUCAGUAGAAAAUACAGUGAAAUACCAGGAAAUAGAUGAAUGCAGAUACGUAGCUUUGGUUUACAUGUAGCUUGUGAAAUAUCUUUUUUAUUAGAAUUAUCUGUAAACAAAUUCUAUUUUGUUUAAGUACUCUCAGGGCUGAUGCUUACAUAAUCUGUUUGUUCAAGACGAAUAUCAGAAGGCAAAGUUAUUUUAAUCAUCUGUCACGAGUUGAGCAAAGUGGCAUGAUUUGUUAACGACUGCAGCCUUUGUUUAUAUAAGUACAUACUGAUGUAAGGGACUGUAUUUUGAUGUAGUGCUUAAAGCUUCUUAUGUAAUAAAACUCAACUGCUUUUUUUUUUUUUCCUAUUUAUUCUGCCAAAAUAAAUUGAAGGUUGUUCUGUUACCAGCUUUGUUACCCUCCUUAAGGUUAGGACUACUUACUUAUAUUUUUCAAUGCGUAGAUGAUUAAAAUAAAUAAAUAAAUAAAAUUCUCAUCUGAACUCUUGACCUGAAGCUGUACUGGGAGGAAGAAAGAGGUAUUUUGGGUUUUCUGAUGUGCAUUUGCCUAAGUUUAGACUGGGGAGUAAAGCUUAAUUUUCAAUCAGGACAGGUGCUGGUAGAAAGCUAUUAGAUAUUGCAGUCAACUGUUAGAUAAUUUGUGGUAAAGCCUGAAAUAAAGGCAGAGAGAUGCUCAGAGUAGUAAUUAGGGGGGCUAUUAAUGAUGAAAGUUCUUCUAAGCUGCAGUGCUUGGAGUCAGCAUUGUGACUGGAUGUGUGAUUUUUUUUGAGGAACAGCUUAUAGCUCAAAGGCAAGGUUAAUUCUUGUGAAGUACAGGCCAUGGUCUGCUGCCUGCCUGCCUGUUUAAAAACCUGUAUUGUUUCAGGAGCUGAUGUUGAAAUUCCUCAGUUCGGUUGAUGCAAACAAUACAUUAAGCAAAGCCUGAGCCAUAAACCUGCACUCUGCUCAGAGGGAUCAAAUGCAGCUGAGGAGUGCUGGAGAAUGAAAACUCCUGUCCUGGUCUGUGCAGGAUUCUCUGUCAGCAUCGGCAGCCACAUGCAGCAGUUUAUGAAGGUCACUGCGAGCAUUUCUUUCAGAGGGAAUCUUUUCCUGUUCCUCAGGCAUGAAUUCCAUUAUAAGUAGUAGCAGAGUAUUGGAUAUUUGCAAAUAAAUGCAUUUUUUUUAAAUUUCUCAUAAUCUACUUUGCCUUUAUGACACUGUUUAGAAGCCACAGAGUAACAUUCCCAGGAUUAGAAAAGAUUAUACAUGCGUUAAAUGUAUGUUUCACCAUAUAAAUACACUGUUCUGUAUAGCAGAUGGUAAAAUGCUUUUAUGUAGCAAGUGAUUUCUUCAUGCUCAAGACACUUAUAUUUUCUUGUGAAUAUUAGGUGUGACUAUUGAAAUCUGAGUCAUUGGCACUGUGGGACUGAGUUUAAUGAGAUGCAGUUUGGUUUCUGUUAUCUUUCUUCUUAAACUUCUGCGUUAACCACUGUUUGUGUGCAGUGUAGUUUCUGCCUUAACAACCAGCAAACUCAGCAUGAGCCAGUUGAGUUGCUUGGUAGAAGAGAGGUUUGUCAAUAUCUUGGGCUGGAUCAACAGAACUACAUGGGAUAGAAAGGAUCACCUUUUACUUUGCACUCAUUAGACUGCCUCUAAAAUACCGUGCCCAGUUUUGAGGCUACUGUUACCAGAUAGAUCCUGAUCAACUGCGACAAGUUAAAUGCAAUUCUACGUUUUCUGCCUGUCUGCUGACAAAAUUGAGCCUGUUUUUUGACAGACUUUCAGGUCUUUUCCAAAAGAGCUGUUCCCAAGGAGUUGGCUGCCAGCCUGUACCAAUGCAGGGACUUACUUAACAGGACUUCUCAGUUGUCUCUGGUGAAUUUCAUAGAUUCCUUAGAUUUGGAAUGGACCUCUGAAGGCCAUCUAGUUCAACUCCCCUGGAAUGAACAGCAGCACCACAGCUAGAUCAGGUUGCCCAGCCUUGUCUUGAAAGUCUCACAGUGUGGGGCACCAACCACAGCACUAGGUAACCUGUUCUAGUGCUUCACCACCCUCACUGUAAGUUCAUGAGGAUCUUCUCAGUCCAUUCCUCCAUUCUGUUUAGAUCUCCCUAAAGGGCAACCCUCCUCUUUCGUGUGUUGAUUGUGCUCCCCAGUUUGUUGCUAAUGAUCCUAAUAAAGGUAUGUUUUGUGUGCUCAAGGUAAUCAGUAAAAACAUUGAACAGCAUAGAUUUUGGGACAGAGCCUUGAGGAACUCUGCUUGGAACUGACCUCCAGUGGGGGUUGAAUGGGGCCCUUGGCAGCCUGAUCUAGUGCUGGCAACCCUGGUCAUGAUGCAGGGGUGUGGAACUAGAUUGUCUUUAGGAACUCUUCCAAUCUAAACCAUUCUAUGAAAUACCAAGUACAAGCCAGCACAUGACUUUUUCUGGUGUGUGCCCAAAAGUGCUUGCAAGAAGACAUGCUCUGCAGUUUUCUCAGGGUCUAAAAUAAAGCUGACCAGCCUUUUUCCCCAGCCAUCCUUAUUGCUCUGUCAAAAUAUGGGUGCAAGACUUGCUGCUUUCAGGUCAAUAGGAUCCUCUCCUGAUCCUGAUGGCCUUUCAGCAAUGAUGGGAGAGCAGGCUCACAGUGUCAGUUCUCUCAGCACCCUCAGCUACGUCCCAUCAGACUUUAUCAACUUGCAUGACAGGAGAUUGCUUGGUAGAUUGGUAGAUCCUGUACUCAGUCCUUUUUGACUGCAUGGUCAUUGUCUUCCUUAACUAAUCUCUGAGGCAUAGAAAACUCAGUAAAGAUGAGCAGAAAACAGAGGGUAGAAUUGCUCUGUAAAAUGCAUUUGUAUUAAAUACCUGUCUCUUAAUUUGUAGCAGUACUCUUUGAAGUUAAAAUAGUUCAGAACUAAUUAAAUUCUUUUAUUUUUGGAAAUUUAAAAAGGAAAUAUUCCUUUUUUUGUUGUUGUUUACUGUGUCCUGCCACUUAGCAAAUAUUAUUAAACAAAGCAGUUUUAGUAUUACUUGGAAAUGGUUUUGCAUGUUUGGGCUAAAAGAGUUCUUCUGUAUUCAUGAUAUUCAAACUGCAAAGUGUGGAAACUCUAAAAUAUUUUUAGGUAAUUGUCAAUUUUUCAGUUAGCUUGUAAAAUGUGUUUUGUUUGAAGUCUUUGUUUAGUUCUAUAAAGUGAGCUGAAUGAAAGUAUCAUUUUCUGCGUUAAGCUUGAAUUUAAGGAACCUUUCAGAAAAGCAGAUACAAACCCAGCGAGAACACUGAAGUUAAAUGCUUUGUAUCAGUUUUCCCUCCAGGUCCUUGCUGCACCACAACUUAGCUCUUGCAGGUGUUUUGCUGUUGGAUUUGGAAUAAAUUACUGUGUCUCUGACAGUCUGUUGGCUGUCCUGCUUCUGAUCAGCACAGAGUUAAUGCUUGAGGCUUGGAAGAAGAUUCUAGCUUGCUGUUGCAUUUAAUCUGGCCUAAAAUCAAACUGUCAAUGCAUUCCUGUAAGGGUUUUUGCCAGGCUCGUGAUCGUUACCUGUGUGUAUUAGCUGGCCUGAGGGGUCCCACCUGCACCUUGUGGCCUUGGCCAUCAGAGGGCACCGCAGGAGUGCUGAAGGAGGGAAUGCAGAGCUUUUGUGCCUCUCUGUACAGCGACUGUGUGCUGUAGAGAAGGUGAAGGCGUGAGUCUUAAGUUCUUAAUUCUAAAGAAAAACAUGUAAUGCAGAAUGGAUGUAAACGAGGUUGGUUUUAUUCCAUUCAUAUACACCAAGUGCUGGUAAGCUUUUCACUGAGUGUCAUUAAUUUUCAGUUCUGUGAUUAAUUUUUCUGCAUCUGUCAGUAUGAACAAAAGUUUUAAAAAAUGGCUAGCAUAAAAAUUCGAGAGAUGCCUUAAUAGUAGCCUCAUGAAUCUGCUUGCUUGUCAUUCCUAGUUAUUGUGUUUUGAUGUAUUUAUAAUAUUUAACCCAUUCUGGUAGUUAAUUUGGUAUAUCAAAUGUAUCCAUGAAGAUUUCAAUUUUUAUUCCUGUCCUGUUGGUGCUGUGACUGUAUCUUUGUGUUGUGAGACUUCUUGCUGUAAGGUGUAACAUCAACUAAAGCUGGUCUCUAAUUUUAAAUGACCAGUUGUGUUUUUCUCUUUAAUUGUUGUCUAGCCUGCUAAGCAUUGCUUUUUAUGGGCCAUUCCUAUUCUUGUUUGUUCUCCUUAGUGUCUUAGUUAACUUUGUUAACAAAUGAACAGUUUGUUCAUUUUGAAAGAUCUAGACUACUGUCUUUUGUAUUGUUUAGAACUGUUACUUGGGCAUUUUCCUUCAGUAUCCUUCUGGGCCCCCUCAAGUAUCCUGAGAUACUCUGCAGUGCUGCAGUGUUACAACUGCUGAUGCAUUGUCACCACGGAUGUCUGGCUGUAAGGAAUGUCCUGCAUUUAGAGCUCUGUUCAUGACCUUGAAGUCGUUCUGGUCAUCUCACCUAAGCUUAACAGAACUUCUAAUCUAGACAGUUUUUAAGUAGCUGAAGGUGUGUGUGAUAUUCCAUCAAAUGGAGCACACUGGAUUUCUACAGAUAGCAUUUCACUAGUUGGGUGUACUGUAGUUGAGAUUGUAUGAAGAACUCAGACUGUUGCCGAUGCUGUAGUGUUAUGAUGCUUCUUUCCUCAGUCUCAGAUUGCUUUUUUUUUUUUGUUCCUGUCAUGAACUGAUAUGAAACUGUGUGUCAUGCUUCCUUUAGAAAAGUCAGACAUGUUAUAGAUUUUAGCUAAUACCACAAGAUUGUGUCUAAAACUUUUCAAGCAGAGGAUGUGACAUUAAUAUCCCCAAUUUCUGAGCUGUUUUGUUUUUUCACUGAGCUGAUUUCCAGUCCCCUAUCUUCAACACACCAUGGUCAGGAAAGACCUUUACCCAUAGAGUUUGCCAAAGGUGUUCAGUUUUAAGUAAGUCAUACUGGGUCAUGCUGGCAACUGAGCAGAUUUUUUAAAGCUUGAAAUAACCUUUUUUAAGAGUUCAACAUUAAAGCUGAUCUAUUUCAGUAUUUGAUGUGUUUGUGCAUACUUGUGUGCAACCAUCUUUCCACAUUCAGUAUGAUUGCACACUGAAAUGGUCACUGUUCCUCAUUCUGAUACCUAUAUAAGAAUUUUUCCAUGAAUUCGGGGUUUUUUUUAGCUUUUCUGUUGGUCUCUCCUUGGGUGAUGACUUCAUGUAGCUUCUUGAGCAGUAGGUAUAGAAUUACAGAAUGGCUUGGAUUGGAAGGUACAAGCUGUCUAGUUGCAGUGAUCUUUCUCAUGCUCAGUUUUGGCAGUCAUUGCUGCAGAGUUCUACAUCUGUUUUUCCAAAUACUUUAUUACUUUCUGACAAUCUGUUUUGAAACCAGAUCUUUGUUCUCUAGGCUGAUAAAAAAAUAUUUGAAAUCAGCUUAUCAAGGUAACUUACAAAUAGUGUGUUAAUGAUAAAAUCUUAUUUCCCACAGGCUUGUGUCCUGUUUGGAUUCUGCUUGUCAGAUAUGUCUUACAAUGUCUUGCAUUGCAUGUUUCCCACUUGGCAACAAAUCAAUUUCUGUAGUAAGCUUAAACACAAAAAAAAUCCCAAUCCAAAUCCUAAGUACAGCUCUAAACACGGAUGCCUACAGUAACAAGAAUAACGAAAAAAAAAAAUCCCAAUAAUGAAAAAUUACACUGCUUACUCUCUGUAGAGCCAAAACUUUAAGAGCUUACUGCAGAGGUAACAGAACUAGCUACAUACGGAGCUGGAGAUAAUAGAGCCAAGUCUGUGUUAUGUUAUGCUGUGGCUGAUAGAAGUAGAAGAAAAUAGUAAUAGUUGUAGUUCCAUGCUGGCAUAAUUUUAUCCUUAGGGUUUGUGGUGGCAUCUCUGAAGGCUGUGCUUGUCUAGCCUGUAUGGAGACAGCUAUGUUUUGAACAUGAGUCUAUGUAUAAUGGUUUUAUUGCUUGUAGAGUUGAAUGUAGUGCAAAUGUAGUUCUGAUUUGCUUUCUGUUUGUUUAAUUCAAAUGAGAAUAUAAAUUCAGUUUGUCUUGUGCAUCAGGAGUGAGUUGAAACCCUCUUAUGCUGGUGUUCUACUUGGUAAGCCCAUUAAGUGGUAGAGGCUUAAAUAACAAAAUACCUCUGUUUGGAAUGUGUUUAUCUGCUGGUGUUUGCAUAUUUUUGUCUCUUUCUUGAGUUCUCCACCCUUGUGGCAAGACAAAGCAAUAAAAUAUCCUUAAAAAUAUUUGACAUGUUUUCUGAUGUAAUCUAUAUGUAAACAACACAUCUUGUAUAGCUCAGUUCAGCUCUUUUCCUUUGGUAAUGAAGUUUCCUCAUGCAAUUUGUGGCAGUCUUUCUCAAAGAAGUGUAAGUAACGAGUACUUCCUCAAGAGCAGACCUGGCUUUACAAAUCAUAACAAUAAGCUCUUAGCAGUAAAACUUGACUUUUAUUAACAAGUUGCAUUUAUAAACCAUAUUUGUGAUGCUUGUGUCAGAGAGUAUUUCUGUGCUAUCUAUACUCCUGAGCUGAAUGGAAGAUAUAACCAACCUUGUUACAAUCCAGUUAUGCAGCAUUAGAUUAGAAGAUCUAUGUGGGUUUCUGGAGAUACUUCAAGCACCUAGCAAUGGGCAUGAAAAAUCCAUCUUGACUGAAAGCUUUUGUUCAUGAAGGGCAUUACCAGAUAUACUUUUUUGUUAUUCAGAAGAUAAAAUUUCUUUAGCUGCAAGAUAAGAUAAAAUGUUGUGAGUAUACAAAAUGAUUCUAAACCAUCUGUAGUACUGCAUUGUGUGAGUUGAAGCAAAGGUAUUCUAAACUUUCCAAGCUAGAUCUAAUUAAAUAUUUCUUUCUACUUGCAAAAGAGUUGUUUUUUUAUACAGUUCACUGAAAUGCUUGUAAUCUCUACCUGAAAAGGAACUAUACUAUUAUUUGUUUCAAACUUGUAUGUUCAGACAUUUUUGUUUUACUAUUUAAAACAUGAAUCAGAAGAAAAUGCUAACUUGGGAAAAUAAAACAGCACUCUCAGUAUAGUCAUUGAAUUUACUAAUAACUUAAAGUUGAUUAUAUCUGCUGCUGCUGCAGUCAGACAGUUGUAGAUGGGGCAGAUUCGUUUAGAGUUUGAAUGGUGAAGUUCUGAAUGUGCCAUUGCUCUAAAGCAUGAUUUACCUCUUAAAAGAAGAUCAAAAACUUUCUCAAACAGCUUCCUGGUUUUUGAAAGAAAUGCUUGUUUCUUUUGAGCAUGUAAAGACUCGUGUAAAGCUAGCAGUGUAGAGGGUGAAUGCAUCUUUAUCUUUUCAUUAAAAGAGUGAUGGGAUGAGGUAAGAUGGUUUCAAACUAAGCAAAAGGAGAUUAUGCCUGGAUGUAAAGAAGAGAUGUGUGUGGUUUUUUUUUGUUUGUUUGUUUGUUUUUUUUACAGUAAGGGUAGUGAAGCACUGGAACAGGUUGCCUGGAGAGGUGGUGGAUGCCCUGUCCGUGGAGAUAUCCGAGGUCAGGCUCAAUGGGGCUCAGAGCAACCUGAUCUAGCUGUAGGUGUCCCUGUUCAUUGCAGGGGAGUUGGACUAGAUGACCUUUAAGGGUGCCUUCCAACUCAAAGGAUUCUAUGAUGAUUAUCAUUAUAGGCUCCAGUCCUUUGCCAAUAGUAAUCAUGUUCUAUCUUCCUGUGCCCCAGCGGUAGUGAACUGCUGUAAUUCAGGAGGACCCAAACUUCCACUGAGUUUCCAUCAAAUGUCUGGCCAAUACCUGUGAUCUUUUUUUCAUAGCUCCACUGGAUCAUAAGCUGCGAUUUACAAUGGGCCAAUAUACAUAAUAGAAAAAAGAGUUUCUUGCAGAUUUUGGUUUACAAUUUGUUGACCUUACUUUUAAAUGUGGAUACUAGUGCUAUUCAAAAAUAAACACUUUUGAGAGUAAGUUCAUCAUGAGAACUUUUUUUAUGCCCUCAUAACAUAACUUUACACAGUGCAGUGAUUGUACCUGUUUUGACACUUCCUUAGCCUAGGUGUUCUCUUGCUUGUUCAUCUGGCUUCAAACAGUCUCCUGUACAUUUCCUGUGAAUUCUUUGUAUUUGGGCUUUAUAAUCUUCUGCUGCAAUUAAGUGCAUUUAUUCUUUCAGAAUAUAGUUUUUCAUUAGUUAUCUCACAUUAAUAAGAUACACUAGGUAGAAAGAGCUACUUUCUGGCUUUCUUCCAGAUAGCCCUUAGUCACAAAAAAAAUCCAUGCUGGUGUGAGCUAGGAUCUUGCAGUUUAUGAUGCUCUCUGAUAUUCUACUAGCAUCCUGUCCUUACAAAGCAGCAGUCAUAUCUCAGGUUAGUGGUUCUAUUUUUAUCUAAUAAUCUUGCAUUGCUAUUGCUAUCUGAGCAGGAAGCAGUUUUCUUGAAGUUGUUAAACUAAGAUAAAAAUACCAAACAAACUGUAAACUGAAAGUUUUCUUGUAAUUGACAUAAAAUGCAUUUUCCUUUUAGAGUCCGCUGUGCUGUGCAGUCUGUGCUCUUUUUUGGUUAGUGUUUCUCUGAGUGAUAAUUGUGUCUCUCACCUAAUGUUUUCCUUGUUAAACUUGUCAGGAGUUAGUGUCUUUCAGAUUCUUUUCGCUAUUAAACAUGGGGAGAUUGGCUACAAUAUUAAUUCUAGCACUCAUCUAUGAGUGUAAAUAGCAAAAUCCCCCUAGCUUCAUUUUCUCUGGGAAAAAUGUGCAAAAAAGUUGUCAUGGUAUUUACUUAACUUUUGAUUUUUCUUGACUUGCAUUGGUUGAAAAUUGUGUCUUUGCCAAAGUGACUUGCUAGUUCUUGCCCAGAGGGAAAAUGGAGACUGAAAGAUCCAGUGUCUCGGUGAUAUUAGCUGUAUUAUUAUUUUCUUUUCAUUUGUCUUUAGGAAAAGAAAAUGGAUUUAUACCCUAGUUAGGAAUGGAUUUGCUAGCCUGCGUGUAAGGUUCUGUUACGGGAGAUCAUUCUGUGUAUGCCUAACUGCUUCUCUUUCCUGAACAAUCACUGCAGAGGGAACAUUCCUGGGCCUCAAAACCCUCCUCGGUCUGCAGUUCAGCUUGCUGGGUGCACUUCUGCUUUGACAUGGAAGCACCAAGCCACGGGCCUUACAGGCAGGUUAAAUGGAGGUCCUACUGCCACAAUUAAGUUCUGAGGCAACGACAUUAUGUUCUGAAAUAUCCAUUAAUUAGUUUUUUUCAUGUCUUGGUUUUCUGCUUCAUGCACUUGAGUCCUGGGGGAAGUGUUUCUUGCAUCAGUUUUUAUUCAGAGGGAAAAUAUUUGUAGGAUUUGUGAACUUAGAUAAUCCACACACAAAAGAAAUUAAAAACAUGCAUGUUUUUGGUAUCGCUAGUGAUUUUCCUUUAGUGUGAAUAUCCUUUUCGGAUUUGAAGAGAAAACGAUUAAGCAUUAGCUCCUACUCGUAUUUGGAAAAUGUCAUUGCAGGCAGUGAGAGUUAAGAUUAAGUAAAAUAUUUGAAAAUGCUGAUAAGUAGGCUCAGAUUAAUGCUUUUUUUUUUUUAGGAUGAUGAAAUGGGAGUGCCUGUCAUGUUUUUAGCUCUAUUCUUUGCAGAUAAGAAUGUAAUCGCUGAUACUUGAACAUAUGGGAAUCUAGAGCUUAAAAUUCUUUGAAGUGUUGCCAAGAUUUGAUUUUACUUAUUUUAAAAAAAGACAAUGUUGUAAAAUAUGAGUAACUGAGUAAAUGUAUUCCAAAUACUGUUUUAUUUUUAGAAUAUGGAUGUUUUCUAACUCUUAGCAACUGCAACAGUUACUUCCAAGCAGGAACCACAUGUUGAGAGGAUGAAAAACUGAAAUUCAUACCUUUAGAGAUUUGAAAGUGAGAAGUUGGCAUUACAUAGAGUGUUGUGAUAGAAUCUUUUCUUAAGGACUACUUAAAUGUAUCUGGAGUUGUAUAGCAACUUUCUCAAGGAACAAGAAUGUCAGUUAGUGAAGAUUUGACUAGCUCAUUACAUAGAGAAAAUGCUUCAGAAUUAGAGGCUUUUUUCCUUAGAUGGUGGUGACUUUACCACAGCUUAAAGACUGAACGAGAACACAGGCUUAAGCAGUGUAGACUGGUGAAUCAUCCUGGUCCCUAACAACAAGUAUUGUUGAGGUUUUUGUUAAUUUUUUUUCUCUAAAAUCAACCUUAGAGAGAGAUGCUGUCUUAUUUCUUA